AUGUCGAUUGUUCAAAGGAUGGCUUCAAACAAGGCUUCCUCGGCUGCGCUCACCUUUGAGCUGGUCGCCAAAUGCUCCACAACAAGGGCCCGCGCUUCCAUCUUGACUCUUCCCCAUGGACCCGUCAACCUCCCCAUCUUCAUGCCCGUGGCUACUCAGGCCUCUCUGAAGGGCAUCACCCCGGAGCAACUUGAGAGCACAGGAUGCCGCCUUUGUCUCAACAAUACCUACCAUCUAGGAUUGAAGCCUGGUCAGGAGGUUCUCGAUGCUGUUGGCGGCGCUCACAAACUCCAGGGCUGGAAGCACAACCUGUUGACCGACAGUGGAGGUUUCCAAAUGGUAUCUCUCCUUAAGCUCGCAAAGGUCACCGAAGAAGGAGUUCGAUUCCUCUCUCCCCACGAUGGGUCGCCCAUGCUCCUCACCCCCGAACACUCAAUGAGCCUUCAAAACUCGAUUGGAUCCGACAUUAUGAUGCAGCUUGACGACGUCUUGGUGACCACUCACCCGGACAAGGCCCGUAUGCGUGAGGCCAUGGAGCGCAGUGUACGCUGGCUGGACCGCUGCAUCAAGGCUCACAAGAAUCCCGACCGCCAAAAUCUGUUUUGCAUCAUCCAGGGUGGUUUGGACUUGGAGAUGCGCAGGGAGUGCUGCCGUGAAAUGGUGGCCCGCGACACCCCAGGCAUUGCCAUCGGAGGUCUCAGUGGUGGUGAGGCCAAGGACGAUUUCUGCAAGGUCGUGGCCGCAUGCACAGAGCUUCUUCCCGAGUUGAAGCCUCGCUAUGUCAUGGGUAUUGGCUACCCUGAAGACCUGGUCGUCAGCACUGCUUUGGGAGCCGAUAUGUUCGACUGCGUCUGGCCUACACGUACGGCGCGGUUCGGCAAUGCCAUCACGAAGCACGGUGUGCUCAACAUGAAGAAGGAACAGUAUGCCAAAGACUUUGGACCGAUCGAGGACGGCUGCGGGUGCCCAUGCUGCAGGCCUGUCGACCAAGAGGGAGCCAUCGGCGUCACAAGGGCGUUUGUGCAUCAUAAUUCGGCCAAGGAAACGGUGGCAGCACACCUGCUGACCAUUCACAACGUGUGGUAUCAGCUGCAUCUCAUGGGAGGUGCCAGGGACGCCAUUAUUGCCGACAAGUUCCCGGCCUUUGUUAAAGAGUUCUUCAACAACCUAUACCCAGAUAGAAAGAGCUACCCGUCGUGGGCUGUAAACGCUCUGAAGACCGUAGGUAUUGACUUGUUUGAAAGCUAA